GUGCAGCCAUUUUGAUUCGGAUCCGCAGCAUCGGAGGGAACCUGUGACGAAAAGGUUUGGAUCCAGGGAGAGAGAUGUGGGACCAGGGAGGACAGCCCUGGCCGCAGUGGCCCCUGAGCCAGCAGCAGUGGAUGCAGUCCUUCCAGCACCAGCAAGAUCCAAGUCAAGUGGACUGGGCAGCUCUGGCCCAGGCUUGGAUAGCCCAGAAGGAGUCUACGGUACCAGAUCAGCCCAACGCUCAGCCCAAUGGGCAGGAUAUCCCAGGCCUGGAACCUGUCGGACAAAGUAACCAUGGUGCCUUCCAGGGUGACCCACCUUUUGGCAGAAUGUGGCAGCCAGAAUGGGGAAUGCAUGGACAGCCCCCUCCUCCUCCUCCUCCUCCACCCCCUGACCAGGCCUGGAUCCCUCCAGGGUCAGGACCAAUGGAUGUGGUGAACCCCAGUGAGGACAGCAACAGCCAGGACAGCGUGGAGUUCAACUCUGAAGCCCACCACGGGGUUUACCCCCAGAACAGCCAUGGGUAUGGGGCACAGCCCGACAGCUACGCCAUGGCCCCCAUGGCCAUGAACCAGUUUGAUUAUCAGCAUGGAGCCGCCUCAUCCUUCACCCCCACACCUACGGGCUUCCACUCUCCAUACUGGCAGGGUCCUCCCCAGAACAGACGAGAUGCCAGACCCCCCGGGUUCAGAGAACGGCCCAGAUCCCCUAUCCAGCUCCCUGUCAAGCAGGAGGCCGCGGCACCGUUGGGUGAGUGUGUUUUCACUCAACCUAAGCCGGUUUCAGACCUGCGGAGGAACUCUGGAGAUUUGGGUGUGGACAUUCUCCGCAGUUUGCCUUUCACACAAUCAACGGAACGGGAGAUUCUCUGCUCAGACAUGUUCAGAUCAGCAACAAAUCCUCCACAGAUUUCAGGCGAGAGGUGGAGCAGCCGGGUGCAGCUGACAGACACAGAUGCUGUGAAAAGACGAACACUACCUGUGUGGAUCCGUGAGGGCCUUGAAAAGAUGGACAGAGAGAAGCAGAAGAAGCUGGAGCGUGAACGAAUGGAGAAGGAGCGUGCAGAGAUGGCGAAGGAUGAUGGCAACCAGCACGAAGCAGACAAGGAUGGUGACGGGCCACGCGUGCCUCGCAAGAGUAAAUUUGACAGUGAUGAUGAGGGGAAUGACGACAAUAACGAAGAAGCCAAGCCCGUCAUAAAGAGGGAGUUUUCUGUCCGGAGCCCAUCACCUCCUGCAGAGGACAGUGAACCUGAAAUGACUGAGGAGGAAAAAGAAUUUCAGCUCAUGAUCAUCACAAAAACACUUCUGACAGAGAUCCUCCUUGAGGUCACUAACGAAGAGAUCGUACACAUCGCCAAAGAUACUCACCGGAAAGCUACUCGAGCUCCUGCAAAACAGCUGGCACAGUCAAGUGCACUGGCUUCUCUGACUGGUCUCAGCGGGCUUGGUGACUAUGGUUCAGAUGAGAGUGAGGAUGACGAUGAGCGCAGCGUGCGAGGGUCCGAGUCCUCCGACACAGAUGAGGAAGAGUUGCACCACCGCAUCCGCGAGAAGCAGGACGCCUUCCGCCGCAAAGAACGGGAUAUGCAGCAGCUGCUAGAAAGACAAGCACAAGAGGCUCUGCUUGCACGCGAGGAGGUGGUGAAGGAGAGAUUGAGCAGAGAAAAAGGGGAACAUGAUGAGGGUCAGGCAGAGAUUCCACACAAGCAGGAAGUAAAAGAGAGGGAGGCGGAGCCCAUGGUAGAAAGGCGUAGGUCCCGUAGUGAAAAGGAGGGUAGUGAAAGCAAGCACUCCGUUAGGGGGAAGGAGCGAUCGGGUCGAGGUGGCAGCGGUUCCCCUGCAAAUGGUCACAGCAGCAGCUCAUUGUCCACUUCCAGCCACAGCAGCAGUCGUUCUUCAUCCUCCUCCUCUUCUUCCUCAGCAUCUUCCCGCAGCUCCUCUCGAUCGUCCUCCCCACAAAGGAAGAGGAGACGUAGUCGCUCUUCGUCUCACAAGGCUCGCAAACGCAGCCACAGUUCACAUAGGCGUCGCAGCGAUCGUAGUGAGAAGGUCAGGGACAGGAGGAGGAGCAGUGCUGACAGGUCAGGACGCCACAAGACAGACCGCAGUGAUUCCAGGGAGCGCAGGAGUCGCAGGAGCAGGUCCAGGUCCAGAGAGCGAGACAGGGGCAAAGCCAGGGCAAGAGACAGCCGCAGUCGCAGCAGGGAGAGAGAGAAGGAGAAAGAGCGGGAUAAGGAGAGGAAGAGAAGCAGAGAGGGCAGGGAUAGUAGUCAUAGUAAACACAAGCAGAAGGCCUCCAGCAAAGACAGAGAGAGGCGGAGAGACAGGAGUCGCAGCCAUGAGAAAGAUAAGAAAAAGAAGGAUAAAGACAAGGAUAGGGAGAAAGAUUCUGAUAAAAAGAAAGAGAAACCAAAGGGCAAUGAGAAAGAAAGGGAAAAGGGAAGCUCUGGAGUUACCGAGGAAAAUGGCAAAUCGAAGAAACGCAGAGAGAGCGACUCAUUCACGGACUCUCAGAGUGAUAAGCACUCGCGGCAGGAGAGCAAAGGCAGCAAGAAGGGCUCCGCCAAAGCUAGCAAGAAACGCUCCGACUCUGACUCGAGUAGAUCCCCUUCCCCUGAGGUUAGCAAGGAAAAGAAAUCUAAGAAAUCCAAACGUAGUCGCUCACGGUCGACGGAAAAAUCUCACAAGUCUGGUAAGAAGGCAAGCCGCAAACACAAGUCUAAGUCGCGAUCAAGGUCAGCGUCCCUCUCCCGUCAUAGCAGACGCUGAGGAGCACAGCUAACCUCCUGACCUGUGCACGUUACCAUUUUAAAUUCCAUGAGUUGAACAGGCUUGUCUCAUUAUAGAGGCAGUUGUGUAGGUGACCGCCCCUCCCUCCCUCUCUCUCUCUUUCACUCAUACAUUUCUUUUUUUUUUUCAUCUCUGUAAAUAUGUGGUUAUUUUAAAGUGUGACUGAAGAACAAGACAUUUUGAAUGGUUGGAGUUUACACUUGUAAUUUUAUGCAGAACUUAACAAGACUCGGUAGACACUAAAGAUUCAAGUUGUUUCAUUUUAAACAGUAACAGGGUUCAUCUUUUUCCUCCAAUAUUAUUGUAAAAUGUCAAUAAAACUGUUUGUUCCUUG